UUUUAUUUAGAAUAAUAAUAAUAUAGAUAAUUAAAGAAUAUGAUACAGAAAUUUUCCCUCCUGAAAAGUGUGUUCAAAGAAAAAGUAUUUUUAAAUGUAGGAAUUUAAAAAAUGCUGCCAUAAAUCAUGAUAAAAUUUACAUGUUUACAAUUGUCAUAACAUCGUAAUUUUUAAGUAAUAAUUACCGGAAAAUCCCUUAAUCACUCUAAUUUAAUUAAUAUUGCUGCAAAAAUUAUGGUUUACAAUUUUACUGUAAAAAGAUUUGAAAGAUGAUGCACAUCCAAAGUACCGGUACUUUAUGCCAUAAUUUGCUUCUGAGUUUUUAACAGUAUACUUUGAAACAACUAUUUUUCAGAAGAAAAUUCUUAUUAGCAAAUAAUCCGCGCUCUCAUAUCAAAAACUUAUAUUUAGGUCAAAUAUCACACAAAGAACCCAUUUUGCGCAAUGCCAUAGCAGGGAUUAUCUUGCGUAAGUUUAAAUAUAGCCAUAUGCUGGAACUAAAUGAAUAUUUAUAACCAUUCGAAAUGACUGUCAUAAACUUAUUUCUUUGCCUGACCUUCAGAAAAACAUCGUCUGAAACAACAGCCUCUUUCAUCACUUUACAUCCCCGUAUAUACAUUCUCUGGACGCCCUUAGGAUUGGGAGGUUGGCCAAGUGAUCAAACAAAAAUGUUCGAAAGAAUAAAAUACAUGACAUAAACGGCACGUAGUUUUUUGAUGAGCUCAUUUGUAAAUAGAAGACUACCUCUUUUGAAUGUAAAGUAUUUAGUUAUAAAAAUAGAAUAAUGUGAUUGAGGAUUUUUUUGUCUUUAAAAACAUCCAAAAUGUUCCAGAUUAUGCUUAUUUGCAGUAAAUAGUUCAUGUGUGGUCUUAAUAAAAUUGUUUUAGUUUCUGAAUUACAAAUUAUGAUUUAUAUUCACUAAAUUUGUAUUCAGCAUAACUUAACAAAGAUAAACGUUAUCAAUUGCCUUAAGCUUCUUAUUAAAAUAUAUCAGGUAUUGUUCAAUGUUGUCUUUGAGCUGACUAACUUAUUAUCAUUAGUGAACUAUGAUGACUAAAGCAAUUAUGUGACUAGCUGGUAAAAAUAUAUUUUUAAGUAAUUCGUCGUGGAUCAAUGUCACUCCAACCACAUAAGAAUAAGGACAGAUAGAACAGAGUGAUAAGCUACAUGAAUGCCCGAAGCGGGAUUCGAACCUGGGAUAUUCCUGAUUAGAGGUCAAUUCCUUGAUCAUUCGACAGGGAGCAUCCGUCGGAUGGCGCUAGUGUCAGCAUCUCUACUAAAGCUCUCGUAACCGAUCGAACACGGUGAACAACCCCCUCCCUCAUCACUAUGUCCAUGCCUCUUCGUCUCAGAACGGAAAACGCCCUGCUGUGAAUCAGUAAAGACAGUGAAUGAUCUCUCAUCCUUUUAAAGAUUAGAAAUACCAUAUUUUUCGAACCGGCCAAUCCUCAUUCAUUUGGACAGUAACCAAUCAUUUAACGACUUAAAGAAUGACGGAGAUGUCGUCAUUUUUCUUCUUUUUUCGCUUCGUUUCGCAAAAAAAUUUCAUUCUUUAAGAACUUAUACAGUUUUCUAGCAACAGGUAGUAGUCAGGUAAUUAACAAUGGCUACUGACGAAGAUUAUCCGAUAUACGGAACGAAUAUUCCUAUUUGUGAAUUUAGCGGAAAUUAUAGUGACUUUAAUUUAACUGAUUGCGGUAAUAUGACAGCUUUUAAUAUUACGGACAUGAUGUCACAUACACAUUACAAGCCUCCGUAUCUUGUUGUUGAAUUUGCCAAGAUAUUGUAUGGAAUUGUUUUCAUGGUGGGCUUAUGUGGUAACAGCUUAGUAUUGUACGUUGUACUGCGCUUUUCGAAGAUGCAAACUGUUACCAAUAUGUACAUAUUUAAUUUAGCGUUAGCCGAUGAAAUGUUUUUGACUGGUCUUCCUUUUCUUAUAACAACAAUGGUGUUCGGUUAUUGGCCAUUUGGUAGCGUUAUGUGUAAAAUUUACAUGACAACAACAUCCAUCAAUCAAUUUACUAGUAGUCUAUUGCUAACAGUAAUGAGCGCAGAUCGUUAUGUAGCUGUUUGUCAUCCAAUAUCGUCUCCAAGAUACAGAACACCUUUUAUCGCUAAGUUCAUAUGUCUGACAGCCUGGACAGUAUCUGCUUUAUUGAUGGUACCCAUUUAUAUUUACGCGAACAUAUAUCACACCGGAACAAGUCUAAGUUGCAAUAUAUAUUGGCCAGAGAGUGAUUUGAUGAACGGGCAGAAGGCAUUUACACUUUAUUCCUUUACUUUAGGUUUUGCCAUACCCUUAAUUCUCAUACUGUUAUUUUAUUUCUUAGUCAUAUGCAAAUUGCGCACAGUUGGACCAAAAAACCGCUCAAAAGAGAAGAAACGCUCUCACAGGAAAGUAACUUAUCUUGUAUUAACUGUGAUUACGGUCUACGUUAUUUGCUGGUUGCCAUACUGGAUCACCCAAGUUUACAUCACACUUUUACCGCCAAGACAGGGUCAGAGUCAGAUUGGGUUUAUAAUUAUUCUUCUUGCUGGAAUGCUGGCCUACGCCAAUUCAGCCAUGAAUCCUAUCCUGUACGCGUUCUUGAGCGACAAUUUCAAAAAGAGUUUCGCUAAAGCGUUCACAUGUGCGGCACGAAUGGAAGUAAAUGCUCAGUUGAAUGUAGAGAACAGCGUGUUUCCGAAAAACACACGCAGCGGGUCUUCAAAAGCACAACUUAAUCGAGAACAGAAACAAAGGAAUGAACUAGAUCCAUCCACAGCUAUCACCCUCACAUCAAGAUCCAAUAUCGUUAUGGGCGAUAAAGAAUUCUCGGUCAGAAAUGGCUUCAAUAAGCAAAAAACAGAAAGUGAACCAACUCAGGUGUGAAACAUCAUUUUUUCACGAGACUAAAUGAGCUUUGUGGUGACUAAUCUCGAAAAACUAACUCAGCAUGUGGUUCGUAAAGUCAAUCACGAACCGUUUUAUUUCAUUCACGUAUUGAAUGCUAUGAGCUUCACGAAUUGUGAAUACAACUCAGUGAUAAAGUUUAUAUGGAUUGAAUAAAAACUUUCUGGUAACUUUUCAUACGGUUGCUAUGAACUUUACAGAAAUAUAUACACAGGAAGUAGAAAUUUGCUCAUAAUCAGAAACUAAUUACACAUGGACCAAACAUUUAAACACCAUUUGAAAAAUCUUCUUCGAGUGAUGCUAUCUUUAGUUUAUAAUUUUCAACUUGUAUUUGAGAUUCUUUCAAACUGCUAUUUGUGGUGCUAUUUAGAUAUACUUGACACUUAAACUGAUUUUUAUAGCACAUAUAUAUUUGAUUUUUUUUCCUCAGCAUCUCAUUGUUUUUCUCUAUUUUCAUCUUAGUUCAUGUUCUGCAGAAUUUUAACGAAUUACUAAGUAAGUUAUGCUGCAUUUAAUUUUUCACUUCUCUUACAAUAUUUUAAGAAAAGAGUUUAUAUAUAUAUAUAUGCAUUUAUAUCUUAAAUACGAUAGCUAUAAUAUCUAUGUUUGUGCCAUAUGUGUUUUAUGAAAGCAUACAUAAUCUUUGAUGUUGUAUUAAAUAACCGGGUGUAUAGUUAUUGUUAAAAAAAAUAAGGCUAUGUGCCAAAAAUAUAUUUGGAUUAUAGUAUUUCUAUUCGAAAACUUCUUUUUAAUUAUUUUAAACAGUUUCGUAAACUGAUUAUUUUAAUCUAACGGCAGGUCAUGAAAUGUUUCUAAGUCAAAUAUCACUAGGAUAUUUUUUUAUUGCAAAUAUUUCGAGUAUUGUGUAUUUAAAAAUGCUAGUUAUAAAAGUCGUUUUUUGCUAAAAAAAAUUUGUUAUGAAAUGAAAAGUUUACUAAAAUGAUAAAGAAAUUGUUAUGGAAUGAAAAGUAAGAUUAAAAUGAUAUUUUAUAAGAAAUAAAUGUGAAA